ACAAGUCAAAGCUACUUCCGGGUCAAGAAAGUAAAUGGGUGUCCACGUGAGUUGUGAAAACGUACAAAGAGAGGCGACUGACUCUAGAGAGAAACUGAUCAGCAUUUCCAGCCCAAGCAGCCGGCCAAAUCUGUGACAAAUCCGAGGCCAGUGGAAGGGUUGAAAAUGAAGGUGGAGGAGAAGCUAAUAAAGAAGGAGAAGAAACGCCAGAAAGGACAAGCAUCUCUAUCUGAAAACACAAAUGGUUGUGCUGAUGACGGGAACCCAGCAGAGGUGAAAAGAAAAAAGAAGAAAAGUAAGAAGCUCGAUGGCAUCACAGUAAAUGAGGAGUCUUGGGAUGGCAGUGGUGAGAUGGAAGACAAGAAGAAGAAGAAGAAAGUUGUCACUGAUGCUUCAAAUGAUGUCAAUGGUUCAGGACAAGAAGAACAAGUCAAGAAGAAGAAGAAGAAGAAAAAACUGCCUCCUGACAGUGAGAAUCAAGUAGAAACUGUACAAUGUUUUGUAAAAGAAGAAGAAGUGGAAAAGAAACAAAAGAAGAAGAAGAAAGUAAAGGAGGAGUCUGUACAAAUGAAACCAGAAAGUAUCGGGACAGAAGAUGAGGAAGAACAAGAAGCUGAACAGGUAAAUGUGCCGAAGAAAGUCAAGAAAAGAAAAAGUAAUAUUAUUAUAAGCCCAGAAGAGACAGAGGAGCCAGUCAAAGAAAAGAAAAAGAAGAAACAGCUGAACCUUCCAGCUAUGGAUGGAAUAAGUGUAACAAAAACAAAGAAGAAAACGUCUGAAAACGGAGUGAAGUUCAAAACACCAGAGACUGAGGUUGAGGAGGUACAAAUAAAGAAGAAAGCAAAGAAAAAAGCCAAAAGUGAAGAAGGUGGGAAUGAAGUGGAAGCAGCUAAGAUCAAAAGCAACAAGAAACAGAGCAAAUCUGCUUCAGGGAGCGAGGUAGAAGAUGGCAAAAUACUCAGCAAGAAAACAGACAAAUGUGCAAAAGACGAGAUUAUUACAAUAGACGACAAAGAGACGACGAAGCUAAAGAAAAAACGAAAGAAAGAAAAGUGUAGUAUAGCUCCUGUGGAGGUCGUCGAGGAGACGGAGCCAAAGACGAAGAAAAGGAAAAAGGCAAAAGGUGAAGAGAAACAACCACAGUUGAACAAAUGUGAAGCGGUUGAGGAGGACGAGCAGAGCAGUGAAAAUCUCAUCACAGUAGCUGUUGAUGCUCCAAGUAGGAAAAGCAAAAAGAAGAAGAAGAAGAGCCCCGCUGAGGAAGAGCAGGUGAAUGAUGCCGGCACAGACGCAAAGAAGAAGAAGAAGAAGAUUAAAGAAGAACCGGAAGAGUCGCAAGACUCUCCCCAAGCGGAUGUUGUUUUCCUGUCAGCAAAGAGUGGAAACACUGAUGAGAUCACCAUCAACCAGGAAAGAAGACAGGCUUUACAAAUGGAGAUUGAUGAGGCGUCUCAACCUCAAAAACCUGCCAAACCCGUGGGUUUGGGCCAGUGGAGCACGGCGCAGUUCGACAGCUCCGAUCAGCAGCAGAAGUUCCUCCGGUUGAUGGGCGGCUUCAAAAAGGGUUUCCAGCCAGCCGGGGCGAGCACAGGAGGAGCGAAUAUGGCACUGGGAAAGGACGCACAGCAGCAGCUGCAGAAGGGGCUUCUGGGAGAGUUUGAGCGAGCCCACUCUCGCAGAAUGGACUUCAGUAACAGGGGAGCAGGACUUGGGUUUAGCGCACCAUCCAAUAAGAAGUUCUCCAUUGAUAUUAAUGCAAGUCGAUCAGUUCGCUUUGAUGAUUGAUUGUUUUUUUUACGUGCAGUGUUUUAACUGUUAAAUCACACAGUCCUGUCUGCUCUGCUUCACUGGAGGAUUCAUCGUACAACAGAUGACGAUUCAAGUGUAUAUAAAUGAGCACAGAUGGAGAAACUGGACAGUUUCUAUGGAAAGAAAAUUGUCAGCUUCCAUGUAUUUGAUUAUGAUUUCAUGUGGGUCAGUGUGACCUUGUAAAACUUCAGUGUUUCGUCUUUCAAUUUGAAGAGUUUUUGGCCAUUUUAUUUUUUUCAUCCUUCUGUUAUUUAAAACAAAUAACGGCAAACAAAGAGAAAACUUUGCCUGUGUGUUUUUGAUAGUCACUUUAUUUCAUUCUUGCACAUCUGCUUGAAAGUGAAGAAGGAAUAAGAAAAGUCAGAGUACACUUCAAAACAACAUAAGCAUUACUGCCUGCUUGGUGUUGGCUCAUAAUCGUUCAGUUGUGAUAAUGUGCUGGAAAAUAUCUUGACUAUCAUAGGCUGUACUUCAGUAUUCCGUGCAUGGUAGCUGUGUUGUAAAUCUGAUUUAACGUUAGACUGUCACAUUCAUUUUUUUCCUUUAAAACUGCUGUGUGGACAACAUUUGUCUGUCACGGUACUCAAAACUGGAAAUGCUGGUAAGGAGUGAGGAAAAAUGAGCCUCAGGACACGAAAAUGUCUCAAUAAGUCAAUGCGUUUGUCAGUUUUAUAGACACAGUAUUUAAAAGCAAAACAAAACAAAAC